GGGCUAUAAGGAUGUACGCAGUAAUAUAGAAAAUACGUAUGCUGUGAGUGAAAAUGCAGGGUACAUAAUUGUAUAUGUAGCAUGUUACACAAACUACCAAACAGUGUGUAUAGGGGGAAAAAUGCUAAAAUGUUAAUAGUAGGGGUUUUGGUUUCUUUAUUUCUCAGAUUUUUAAAAGUUUAUUUAAAAUGGAAAAGUAUGUAUUUUGAUCUGAUUUGUUUACUUCGCCUCAGGGAUUGAGGUGCAUUCAUCCUUCAGCUUCUUGUGAUUGGGGUAGCUCCCAGGUGUAUGUUACUUUUUCUAAAUUGUUGUUUUUUAAAUCCCCCUAGUCUUCCAAGAGAAUAUCAGGUUAAUGAAAGCAGCAAAUGAGCUGGGUUAAUGGACCCCUCGCUAUGUAACUCGGUUUGAGUUUUUAUCAGGUCUGUAGGUAUCUGAGUGUGCAGUGAUAAAGCAUCUUUACUGACAGGGCGCGGGGCCCGCAGGGGCCGCGGUUGGACGCGAUUGUGACGCAGGCGUGACGCGGGCGAUUGUGACGCAGGCGUGACGCGGGCGGGCGUAGCCGCUGCCGAGGCACUCGCGCUGCUCCUGUCGCGCUCUGAGGCAGUCGUAGCUCCGCCCGUAACACCAGGCCCGGGCCACCCCCAGGCCUCUGCCGCCCGCUGCCCGCCAUGGACGACUACGCGGCCCUGUCAGACACCGAGCUGGCUGCCUUGCUGCGCCAGUACAACAUCCCACACGGGCCCGUCGUCGGUUCCAAUCGGAAGUUCUACGAAAAGAAAAUCUUCGAGUAUGAGACCCAGAGGUGGAGGCUCUCGCCCUCUAGCUCAUCGUCCUCCUCUUUGUCCCGUCGGUCCUCGGACUUAGAUUCAGCGUCCGUGGACUCGGAUGUGUACGAUCUGCCCAAGAGAGAGGACGCCUUACUUUACCAGAGCAAGAGCUAUAAUCGUGACUACUGUGAGGAGAAUUACUUGACCACCACGACUUACGGGGAGCCUGAGUCUGCGGGCACAUCCGAGGGCUUCCGCCAGCCCUCGGCUUCGCUCCGUGGUGCUGACACCUUUCAGCACCAGGGUCGCGAUGAUGGUCUUUUCUCUUCCGAAGAGGAGGGCAACGAUAGGGAACGCCCCGUGUAUGGCCGGGACAGUGCCUACCAGAGCAUCGCACACUACCGCCCAGCUUCCAACAUCUCCAGAAGCUCCCUGGGCCUGUCCCGUUACCCCAGCUACUCCUCCACCUCUGCCGUGUCCUCGCCUUCAUCUCCUCUUUCGUGGCUCGACCGCCGUGCCAUCCGGCCAGAAGAGUGGGCCCCUGAGGCUGCAGAAGAGUGGGUCCCUGAGGCUGAUCUGGGCGAGGAUCACGAGCUCCCACUUUGGAGCGACCUGCUUCAAGUUCUGAUAUUUACUCUAAUAUUGUAUCUUCUCUAUCGCUGCUUGCUGGCCUAGGAUAGCGACCCCUUCCGGGCGGAGCCCUAAUGCUCUGGCUUUGUGGCUUGGGGCCAGCUGAUAUUUGAAGUCCUACAUGACUGCCUUAGCAGUGUUUUCUGGGGGAGGGGGG